GUGUCGAAACCACACCUGGUCAUUUUUUUGGAACAAAAGAGGGAGCUCUGGGAUGUGAAGAGAGAGAAGACGGUAGCCUCACCAGCAGCUAUAUCUUCACAUGGCAGCCAGAGCUUCCUGCCAAAGCCAUGCAUAGAAGCCUCUUCCCAAAAUGUGUCACUGGGUACAUGGAAACAUCAUGCCCUUGAGAAUUUACACGUAAUGAUAAACUGGGACAGUGGUAGAAAGAAUGAAGCACAUCAGAAGUUUCAUGAAGGACGUGGUCCAAAUGAGACGACUGCCCAUAGUAAGAACCUCAUGGCCCCAAGUGGUGAAGGACAUAAAACAUCUUGGAAAACCGCCCUUUUUACAUCCACUAUUUGUGCAAAGCAGUGUGCAUCUGUAAGCAGAAGUUCCAAUCAAACAUGCAAACAUACAUAUUUGUGCAAAGAAAAUUUGGAACGUUUGGAAAGUUACCUCAUCCACACUGAAAACAAUGCUGUGAACCAUUGUGAAAGUGGAAUUGGAUUGACCUUUCAGUCAAAUAUUUCUAAAACUCAGACAUUCAAAAAUGAAGAUAAAAGACCUAGGACGUCUCAGUUUGGGAGGGACUUCACAGAGGAGGUGACCCUGCAACAUUACCAGAGUAUUUUCAAUGGAGCUACACUGGCUCAAUACAGUGAAUCUGAGACACAGUCUAACCAGGGCUCUCAUGUUAGCCAACGUCUGAGGACUCUGCAAGAAAACCAUUUUGAAUCUAAUAAAGGUGAGGAAGUGUUUUAUCCAAACUCCAAAUAUACCAAUAGUAAGAGUACACAGAGGGGAGAAAUUACUUCUAAAUAUGAUGAAUGUGGGAAAGCUCUGAAGCAGUCCUCCAGUAUUGCUGAUCAUCAGAGGCUUCAUGGGGGUGGAAACCCAUACAUAUAUAAUGAAUCUGGGAACAUGUUUAAUCAAUCAUUAAGCCUAAAUACGUAUAAGACAAGUGGUACUGGAGAGAAAAGGUACAUUGGCAAGGAAUGUGGCAAAACCUUUGACAGGCACUCGACACUAUCUCAACAUCAGCAAACGCAUACUGCAAAGAAAAUUGACAAAUGUGAAGAAAGUGGUCAAACCUUUAAGGAUGGGUCAUCACUCCAUGCAGACAGGCGAAUCUGUACUGCACAGAAACCUUACAAAUGUCAACAAUGUGGCAAGGCCUUUAGCCAGCAAUCAUUGCUUACUCAGCAUCAAAGAAUCCACACUGGAGAGAAACCUCACAAAUGUCAAGAAUGUGGCAAGGCCUAUAACCAGCAAUCAUCCCUUACUAAGCAUCACAGAAUACAUACUGGAGAGAAACCUUACAAAUGUCAAGAAUGUGGCAAGGCCUUUAGCCACCGAUCAUCCCUUCCUCAGCAUCACAGAAUACAUACUGGAGAGAAACCUUACAAAUGUCAAGAAUGUGGCAAGGCCUUUAGCCACCGAUCAUCCCUUCUUCAGCAUCACAGAAUACAUACUGGAGAGAAACCUUACAAAUGUCAAGAAUGUGGCAAGGCCUUUAGCCACCGUUCAUCCCUUACUCAGCAUCACAGAAGGCAUACUGGAGAGAAAUCUUACAAAUGUGAAGAAUGUGGCAAGGUCUUUCCCCAGCAAUCAUCCCUUAGUCGACAUCACAGAAUUCAUACUGGAGAGAGACCUUACAACUGUCAAGAAUGUGGCAAGGCCUUUAACCACCCAUCAUCCCUUACUCAGCAUCACAGAAUCCAUACUGGCGAGAAACCUUACCAAUGUCAAGAAUGUGGAAAAGCCUUUAACUGUUCCUCACAACUUACUGAACAUCACAGAAUUCAUACUGGAGAGAAACCCCACAAAUGUAAAGAAUGUGGCAAGGCCUAUAAAGCGUACUCACAGCUCACUCAACAUCACAUAAUUCAUACCGGAGAGAAACCUUACAAAUGUAAAGAAUGUGGUAAGGCCUUUAGCAGAUACUCAACCCUUUUUCUACAUCGCAUAAUUCAUACCGGACAGAAACCUUACCAAUGUAACAAAUGCAGCAAAUCCUUUAAUUUACCUUCAAGGCUUACUCAGCAUCACAGAAUCCAUACUGGAGAGAAACCUUACCAAUGUCAAGAAUGUGGUAGAGCCUUUAUGCGGCAAUCAUCCCUUACUCGGCAUCACAGAAUGCAUACGGGAGAGAAACCUUACAAAUGUCAAGAAUGUGGAAAGGUCUUUAGCCAGCGAAGAACACUUACUCAGCAUCAUGUAAUUCAUACUGGAGAGAAACCUUACAAAUGUCAAGUGUGUGGCAAGGUCUUUAGCCAGCAAGCAUCCCUUAGUCAGCAUCAGAGAAUUCAUAGUGGAGAGAAACCUCACAAAUGUCAAGAAUGUGGCAAGGCCUUUAGGUUGAAGUCAAACCUUAAUUACCAUCACAAAAUUCAUACUGGAGAGAAACCUUUCCAAUGUCAACAAUGUGGCAAAGCCUUUAGGAUUAAGUCAAACCUUAGUCCAUCACAGAAUUCACACUGGAGAGAAACCUUACCAAUGUCAGAUAUGUGGCAAGGGCUUUACCAAAUGCUCAGAACUUCAUCAACAUCGCAGAAUUCAUACUUGAGCCACACUUACCAAUGCACCGUGUGCAAAAGGCUUUAAUCACCAAUCAUCCUUUAUUCAAGAUUACAGAAAUCGUCUUGGAGCAAAUGUUACAGAGUUUAAGACUGUGAAGGAAUUUUCCCCCCACUUUUUAAAAAGUUUUUCUUCCAUAGAAUGAGUGGGAGGGUGCAGAGGCAGACACACACACAGAAUGAAAAGCAGGUUCCAGGCUCCGAGGUUUCGGCACAGACAGCUCAGAGCCUGAUACAGGGCUCGAACCCAUAAACUGCUAUAUCACGACAUGAGGUGAAGCUGGAUGGUUCACCGACUGAGCCACCCAGGCACCCCAAGACUGUGAGAUAACUUUUAAGGAGGGCUCAACACUACUCCAUAUCACAGAAUCCACAUUGAGGAUUAACGAUACCCAAGUAAACAAUGUGGCAAGACUUUAACCAAUGCUAAUCCCUGAUUUUUUGUCAGAGAAUGUGUUAUAGAGAUGAUUUUACACAAAAAAAAAGAAUCUGGGAAGCCCUUGAAUGGUGCUCAAGCCUCAUUCCACAGCACCAAAUUCAUACUUGAGAGACACCUUACAAUUGUAGAGAAUGUGGUGAAACGUUUCACUUGGCUCAAGCCCUACUCACCAUCACAUUGUUCAUACAUAGGACAAACAUUGCAAAUGUGAUGAAUGUGGCACACCCCUAGGUGGACGUCCUAACUUAUUCAACAUCAUAAUUCCCAUAUCAGAGGAAAUCUCUAAAAUGUGAAUUGAAUGACAAAGCUUUCAGCUGGAAUUCAAUCCUUAUACAAUAUCUCUAAAUGCAUGCUGAGUUGAAACCAUACAAACCUAAUGCAUGAGCAAAGCCCUUCUUCAUAAAUACACCAUUUGGAAAA